AUGCUAUCUCUCUCUCUCUUCGUCUUCUCCUUCAAACCAAAGGAAAUCGCUCCGCCACGUCGGAGGCAGCGGAGCUCGUCCAAUCCCCAAAUCUAUUACAUCUUUACCUUUGUUAUAUUUGUCUUGAAGUCCUCCGUCUCCUCCAAUCAACACGUCCGAUGGCGCGACCUUAUUCAACUCCAUCGCUGCCAAUUGCUCUGUCUCGCUGGAGAACUCAAAAUUCUACCGCCUUCUCAUCAUCUAGUCUCCGUGAAUCAAGGGAUUUGCACCUAUGAUGUCUACUCUUUGCACCAAUAUCAAGAGCUAAGCAAGAAGAUGAGGAAGAGAGGUAGUUUGCAAUGGCUUACCUACCGGAGACACUCCGGUGGUGAUUCAACAAUGACAAAGGUGAGGAGACCAGAGGAGAAGCUUGUGAAGCCGAGAUAUUUGGAUGCAAUGAUGGCUGAAGAAAAGCUGACUCUUGAAGGAAGUCUGAGGAGACUCGAAAGAAUCGGAUUUCGGAGCAUGAAGAUGUGA